AUGGCGGUUUUCGGGUUCCUCGUCGGCAUUUCUUUCCCUGUAGCCAUCACACCAAAGCUUCAGUGUGGCAUACUGCCUUGGAGUAGUAGUGCUAGCAGCGUUGCUGCAAACUCCAGCAGCAUACUGGACAGGUUCUGGGCACAGUUCAGGAACAGUUCUGAACUUUCUGAGCAGAAUGUAAAGGUUGCAAGGAAACCUGAAGGUGCCGAAAGGCUACCGGCAGGGAUUGUGGUUCCAGAGUCUGAUCUCCACCUGCGCCGGCUCUGGGGAUCCCCCACAGAGGACGUACAGCCUCGCAAAUACCUGCUGGCGCUGGCGGCGGGGUACACCGAGAGAGCCAAUGUCAAUGCAACUGUUCACAAGUUCUCCGAUAACUUUGAUAUCGUGCUGUUCCAUUACGACGGUCGCACGACGGAGUGGGACGACGAGUUCCGGUGGUCGGAGGAGGCCGUCCACGUCAGCGCCAAGAAGCAGACCAAAUGGUGGUUCGCGAAGAGGUUCCUGCACCCGAGCAUCGUGGCGCCGUACGAGUACGUGUUCCUGUGGGACGAGGACCUCGGCGUCGACAACUUCACCGCCGAAGCGUAUGUAGAGAUAGUGAGGAGGCACGGGCUGGAGAUCUCGCAGCCGGGGCUGGACGCCGCCGUCGGGCCCAAGACGUACGACGUCUCCAUCAAGCGAGACUCCGGCGAGAUACACAAGACGGACGCAGGAGGGCCGCGCUGCCCGGACGUGCACCAGAUGCCCUGCAGCGGGUUCGUGGAGGUGAUGGCGCCAGUCUUCUCCAGGGAUGCUUGGAGAUGCGUCUGGCAUAUGAUCCAGAAUGACCUUGUUCAUGGAUGGGGGCUCGACUUCAAUUUCUGGAGAUGCGUCAAUGAUCCUGAAGAGCAGAUUGGCGUGGUUGACGCGCAAUUCGUGGUCCAUCGUGGAGUUCCCACGCUGAUUGCCCAGGGCAACGGGGAGAAGGAAGGGAGCAGCCAUAAGGUGAGAGCCCGGCAAUUCGAGGAGAUGUACGCCUUUAACCAAAGGAUCGCCAAAGCCGACAACGCUACCACCAGAACACUACCAGAUCAGCAGCAACAACCUUAAAUAAGUUAUUUUUAGUGUCUAGUAUAAUACUCAUCGGGAGUACAUAACCUGAUUAAUCAACUGAAGAAUAAAAGGUUUUGACACUUUUUUUUUUUGCAGGAAAGAGUUUCACUCAUCACAACAGACAAUACUAAAUCUACCCGCAAAAAAAAAACAGAAAAUACUAACUGUGUGUAUUGGAAUGAUUAAUUGGUUGAGUGGUUAUUCAAUAAUUCGGUAGAUGAUAAUAUAAUUUCAGGUGGUUAGUAACAUAUUGAUUCUGCUAGUAAGUAGCUGGUACUGUCUGUCUCCUUCAGUUAACCACAGCUUCUGUCGUCGUUGGUCUGUCAGACAUUCAGACAUCGUCAGUACUUUUUACUUCUUUUUUUACUGCA